AUGCCUCAUCCCAAGUUUUGGUCUUCAGCGUUGAAAUGCUAUGUGACUCCAAAAUCCGGCUUUUCGGCAAACUAUUGGCCAGAACUCAUAUUAGCAGCCGGAACGUCGCUCAAGCAAGCCAAAGACGCAUCUAGGCUAACCAAAAUCCUAUCUACUGGUAGUAAAUCAACUAUAAUAAUGGAAUCGUGGAGAUCACAGCCUACGCAACAAACGGGAACUGCCAAAACCGAACCAAAAAAGAAGGACGACGACGAUUGGGAUUCUGAUCCAAGCUUUGUCAACGACGUAUCAGAAAAGAAUUCCCGGUGGGGCUCCAAGUCGAAUGGUGUCGCAUCAAAGGCCGAUAAAGACGAGAUUGUCGAUAUUGCUGAACUGAGGAAGCACAUUACCCAAUCACAUGAUGAAAAGACAUCAAAGGAAUGGAUUCAGAAAAACGGUGGAGACGUCAAGCAGAGCUAUGGCGUUAAACUUGACGACAAGAAGUAG